AUGUUUAAAAAAUUACAAGGGGGAUUAUCCGUUUUAGGGUUUGAAGAACCUUACUACGGAGAAUCCGCAAUCCAUCCAGUGACAACCCGCGUGGAUAAAAAGUCAGGUUCAGUCCACCGUUCAACUGAAGCCACAGAUUUCAAUUGGCAAUCACCUCCAUACACCAAUGUCGAGACGCAAACGUUUUACUUUACCGACUUGGCAUCAGGAAAUGUUGGGUUUGCCCAAAUCAUUCAUUCAAAUGUUAUGGGUGUUCACACAACUGCUCAAUUCACUUUCCGUCUUUACAAUAUUAAUGAUUCCUCAAAGAAUAUUUGGACAAGUACCAAGUUGGAGAAUUUCAAGAUUGUUGAUGGAUUCAAUUUCGAAGCUGACAAUUUGAAAUUUGAAAUGAUUGAUGGUAAGAAAUACAAGUUGAGAUCGUUUGUUUGUAAUGAGUCGAUUGUUGAAUUGGAAGUUGAAAGAUUGACUGAUGGUGUUAUUUUUGGUGAUGAUGGAAUGACUUUUUAUGGUGAAGAUAUCAAACAACCUUGGGGUUCAAUGAGACAUGUGUUUUGGCCUAGAUGCACCGUCAAUGGCCGUAUUUUGACAAAGAAGUUGGGUGAAGUUACAAUCACCAAUGGAUAUACAAUGUUUGUCAUGGCUUUGCAAGGUAUGAAGCCCCACCAUGCUGCUAAAUCUUGGAAUUUCAUGAAUUUCCAAAGUAGUAACUAUGCUGCUGUUCAAAUGGAGUUUACCACACCCAAAUCGUAUGCUAAUACUAAAGUCAAUAUCGGACUCGUCACUGAUAAUGAAAAAAUUCUAUUUGCCACUAUUGAUAAUGAAGUUAUUCAUUUGAGUCCUGAGGUUGAUUCAGUUGGAUGGCCCGUUCCCAAAAGUAUUGAGUUCAAUUAUGUCGAUCCAUUAAAUGGAAACACCAUUGCUAAAGUUACCGGUCCUUUGAAAAACCUUAUUGAACGUAUUGAUGUUAUGGCUGAAAUACCCCAAUUUGUGAAAAAUAUUGUUAGUGGUGUUGCUGGUGCCAAGCCAUACAUUUACCAAUACAGUAAUGAGUUUGAAAUUGAAAUAUUGGAUAAGGAAAAAGAUCCAAAGGGUGGAAAAGAAAAGGGAAUUGGGUUUACUGAGGUUACGUUUAUCUCAGAGUAA